GAGACACUUUGUUGACACCAUGUCGGCGGUGGAUUUCAGAGACAACCUUCUGGGGAUUUCCUGGGUGGACAGUGGCUGGGUGCCUAUUCUCAAUCCUGGAAAUGUGCUGGACUAUUUCUCUGAGAGGAGUAAUCCCUUCUACGACCGCACCUGUAACAAUGAGGUGGUGAAGAUGCAGCGGCUCACUCUGGAACAUCUGAAUCAGAUGGUGGGAGUGGAGUACAUUCUUCUUCAUGCUCAGGAGCCAAUUCUUUAUAUAAUCCGUAAACAACAGAGGCAGUCAGCAACACAAGUGAUUCCUUUGGCUGACUACUACAUCAUCGCAGGGGUGGUGUAUCAGGCCCCAGACCUGGGAACAGUGAUCAGCUCCAGAGCGCUUUCUGCCGUCCAUGGAAUCCAGUCAGCGUUCGAUGAGGCCAUGUCGUAUUGCCGCUACCACCCAUCCAAAGGAUACUGGUGGCACUUUAAGGACCAGGAGGAGAGAGAAAAAGCCAAGCCUAAGACAAAGAAGAAAGAGGAACCAAGUUCACUGUUUCAGAGGCACCGUGUGGACACACUCCUUCUGGACCUCAGGUCAAAGUUUCCGCCAACGUUUUACCAGCCAAAGCCUGGUGAGAAGCCUAUUCCAGUGGAGGUGAAAAAGGAGCCUGAACCUCCCACAGAGGUGGUAAAACAAGAGGAGAGAGAACCAGCUACCAAGUCCUCCGCCCCAGCUCCACCCAGCAAACCUCCACCUGAGAAGAGAGCCAGGCUACAGUGACAGCAGCACUUCUCACACUCUGUGAAAUGUCCGACAGCACCGAGAGGAAAACAGUUCAAGACUGCGAGUGUGUCUGUUCCUGGACCUGAAGCCGGUCUCUGCUGGUUCGCUCAGUUCACAGGAUGCUAAGAAUGAAAGGUGUGGCUUCAGAGCCAUCACCCCUUUCUCACUGUGACCUCACUCUGUACACUUGUAGGUUUAGCGUUGUGGACAUUUCAGGCAACUGUUCUACAAACAGGGGUUUUUAUGAUCAGCUGACAGCAGUGUUGGUGUCAGCUUACUGUUGACAUAAUCAUGGUGGUUUUUUGUGACUUCAGAGGACAGUUUAACUCGCAGUCUGCUUCUCAGGGGGAUGUGUCAUAAUGCAUCAUCACCAAGCUUCCUGACACAUUGUUCUCUUUAAUUACUGUCACUCAUCUGUUUUUGAAAGAAAAACUCUGCUCUCUUGUUUUUGUAUUAAACUGUCUCAGAUAUCA